AUGCAGGUGAAUAUCAAAGUGACCAGUUUCCUUCUCCUUGACUUGACACAGGACCACAGGAGGAAGAACAUAGUCCUUGCCAGUUUCUUGUUCUUUUAUACAGGGACAUUGCUGAUCAUGGCUACCAUCAAGACAAGCCAGGCACUUGGGAGCCCCAUGUACUUCUUCCUGUUUUACUUAUCCUUUUCUAACACCUGCUUUUCUACAACUGUAGCUCCUAGAACGAUUAUCGAUUCCCGGAUGAAGGAGGCCUCUAUCUCUUUCAAUGAGUGCAUAAUCCAAGUCUUUACAUUUCAUUUAUUUGGCUCCCUGGAGACCUUCAUCCUCAUCUUCAUGGUUGUUGACCGCUACGUGGCAAUGUGUAAGCCUCUUCACUACACCACCAUCAUGAACCGUCGGUUCUGUGAGAUGCUGGUGGCUACAGUCUGUGUAGGAUCCUUUGUGCAUUCUUCAGUUCAGAUAAUUCUGGCUGGUCCCAAUGAGAUUGAUCACUAUUUCUGUGACUUGCAGCCACUGUUGAAACUUGCCUGUUCAGACACAUAUGUGAUCAACCUUCUCCUGGUAGCCAAUACUGGAACCAUUUGCACAGUGAGUUUCCUCAUGCUCAUGGUCUCCUAUGUCAUCAUUCUGUAUUCCCUGAGAAACCACAGUGCUGAAGGGAGGAAAAAAGCCCUGUUCACUUGUGUCUCACACAUCAUUGUAGUAGUCUUGUUUUUUGUGCCUUGCAUAUUUAUAUACACACGUCCUGCCACCCCCUUCCCUAUGGAAAAAGUGAUAUCGGUGUUUUAUACAAUUUGUACACCCUUUCUCAACCCUCUGAUUUACACCCUGAGGAAUGUGGAAGUUAAAAAUGCCAUGAGAAAGCUGUGGUGCAAAAAAAUCUCAGGUGAUAUAUAAGAAAUCAAAAGGUAUAUUUAUUUUAAUAAAGAAAACCUUAGCUUUUAGUUAUAUGUUUAGAAUAUCACUGCAUUGGGAAUGGUCCUUUGGUUUCUUCUAGAGAAUGGGCAAAAUGGACGCAUUCUAAAAUAAAUAUCAAAUUAUGCUUUUGGAAAAAAUAUGUAACAGAAAAGAAAUGUAUUUAUCUCAGUUAUAUUGUCAUAGAUAUUGAACCCUAUUAUUUCCAUGUUCAGAUAAAACAUCUUAUAU